CGGAAGUGCUGCGGCUGUCGCCGGAGACCCCGGAAGUGGCUGCUUUGGGGUUUUGCUGGUGUCGGUGACGCCUGGUUCGCCAUGGGUUGCGACGGAGGAACAAUUCCCAAGAGGCAUGAGCUAGUGAAGGGGCCGAAGAAGGUUGAGAAGGUUGACAAAGAUGCUGAAUUAGUGGCCCAGUGGAACUAUUGUACUCUAAGUCAAGAAAUAUUAAGACGACCGAUAGUUGCCUGUGAACUGGGCAGACUUUAUAACAAAGACGCUGUCAUUGAAUUUCUGCUGGACAAGUCUGCUGAAAAGGCUCUUGGGAAGGCAGCGUCUCACAUCAAGAGCAUUAAGAAUGUGACAGAACUGAAGCUUUCUGAUAAUCCAGCCUGGGAGGGGGAUAAAGAAAGCACAAAAGGUGACAAGCACGACGACCUCCAGCGAGCACGUUUCAUCUGCCCCGUGGUGGGCCUGGAGAUGAAUGGGCGGCACAGGUUUUGCUUCCUCCGGUGCUGUGGUUGUGUGUUUUCUGAACGAGCUUUGAAAGAGAUAAAAGCAGAAGUUUGCCACACGUGUGGCACCGCCUUCCAGGAAGAUGACAUCAUUGUGCUCAAUGGCACCAAGGAGGAUGUGGAAGUGCUGAGAAGAAGGAUGGAGGAGAGAAGGCUGAGAGCGAAGGUGGGAAAGAAAACAAAGAAGCCCAAGGCAGCGGAGUGUGUCUCAAAACCAGGAGUCAGUGAAGAAUCCACAAAGACAUCAAAAGUUAAGACAGGGAAACCUGAAGAUUCCAGCCUUGAUUCUAGAGAGAAGAAAACCAACUCGGCUCCCAGAAGUGCAGUGAAUGGGAGCUCGUCCGGAAAAGCUGGGAAGCCUCCGUGUGGAGCUCCAAAGAGGUCCAUCGCCGACAGCGACGAAUCUGAAACCUACAAGUCGAUUUUCACAACCCACAGCUCCGCCAAGCGCUCCAAGGAGGAGUCUGCGCACUGGGUCACCCACACGUCCUACUGCUUCUGAAGCGCAUGCCCACGGCUGCUCCCGGUGUCCCUGGGGUCUCUGCGUGGCUCGCGGGUGCGGUGUUAUAAAGUCCUCUCCCCACUCCGA